UUCACCAUACCAUCAGUUGGCGUAUGAUAACAAUAAACAACCCUGAAACAAGCGAUACGCACCAACAGGACCUGUCGCUCCAAUUCGACACAAACCGACCGAAAAUAUGAGCAAAGACAGCCACAGUCGGUUGUAGUAACGUCUCGUCAAGUACUUUGAGAGACUCGUCGGUCCUGACACAAAGGAUUUUCUAGUUUUUGUGCCAAGCCGAGGGGAGAAGUAGAGUUGCGGCUGCCCCUUCCUUAGCCCCCUGUAGCUAGCUGCGGGUCAUUCCUUGUUUUUGCACACUUUGUUUUCGUCUGUUAUGCAGUUGCCAGAGGACUGUAGUCGCACUCGUUCUCCUCCGCCACCUCUUCGCUCCCUCUCCCCGCUCUCUCUGGCCCUAUGUCUCGCUGGCUCUUCCCCUGGUCAGGCUCAAUCAAGAAGCGGGCCUGUCGGUACCUUCUACAGCACUACCUCGGUCACUUUUUGCAGGAACGACUGAGCCUCGACCAGCUGGGUUUGGACUUGUACAACGGCAACGGUGUCAUCAAGGACAUCAACCUCGAUGUCUGGGCGGUUAAUGAACUUUUGGAGUCCCUCGGGGCUCCUCUAGAGAUAGUGGAUGGCUUUGUGAGCAGCAUAGCAGUGACCAUCCCCUGGCAAGCUCUCCUGACCGAUCACUGCACCUUAGAAGUUUCUGGUCUUCAGAUAACAUGUCGACCCAAGUACCGGACCAGUGGGGGUUGGGACUCCCAAGGCUGGUCUUCCAGCAUGACCUCCAGCAUGCAGCUGGCUCAGGAGUGCCUAAAGGACCCCCCAGAGGCGUCCGAGGAGCCACCUGCCCCGCUGGAGGGGCUUGAGAUGUUUGCACAGACUAUUGAGACGGUUCUUCGUCGCAUUAAAGUCACCUUUCUAGACACUAUAGUCCGCAUCGAGCACCAGCCCCUGGACCUGGAAACAGGCGUUGCCUUAGAAGUGCACAUCAAACGACUGGAGUACUUUGAUGAGGCAGUGCGAGAUCCAGCCUGUCAGACUGCUGUGCCUGUCGACAUCCACCAGCCGCCUGCCUUCCUGCACAAGAUCCUCCAGCUGAGCGCUGUCCAGCUGUUCUACGACAGCAGCGGCAUCGUACAGGGUCCUCCUGAAGAGGAACACCCAGAUUCAGCCACUGCUAGUGAAAGAGAGGAAGAGGAUGAAGACGAUGAGGAGGAGGAGGUGGAGAAGGAGAAGGAGGACAAAGAGGCUAAGUCCCCGCCAGCCACUCCUGGUCCUCUGUCUCAGCCGCUGCUCAUAGGAAGCUGCUCUGGUUUCAUCGAGACCACCGUCAAGAUCAAACAGAACGACAUGCUGCCAGGACCAAAGUUGGAGUUGGAUGGGAAGGUGGGCUGUGUCCACAUGCUGCUGUCUCCAGAUCAAAUAACCCAUCUGACUGACCUGCUGGCGGCUCUCUGCAUAGACAUUGAGCCAGAGACUAAAUGUGGUGGAGUGCACAGUCGUCCGUUAGAUUCGGACGACCUGCGUAUGAUUGAGGAGGACCUCGGUAAGCAGCUGGGCUCAAGUCCCAGAGAGCGAGACUGGGAAACUGAGCCAGACCUGGAGCCUUUUGUCACCGGCCUGGAGAAUGGAGAGAUGUUUUACUCGAUGGGUCCUGCUGGGAUGAGCAGCAGUGUGACAUCGAUCCGUUCUGGCAGCGAGCUGUCAGACAGUGACAUGGAGUCGUCCACUCACAGUUUAGCCAGCUUCACGCAGCCAGCAGCACUUUCUGCACAGGGCAUGGUGAACUGUCCCAGGAGGUAUCCUGUAGCGGGCUGCCUGUCGAGUCUACCUCAGGCCGGCAGCCGGAGUCGAGGACGUUCGCACAGCAGCCAAGCAGAGCAGCUGAAGCCUGAUGCGUUGUUACGACUGACCCUCGGUGGACUCACUCUAACCUUGCUGCAGGAAGACCCGCCCUGCAGGGCUGACGGAGCCUCAUCAUUUGCUCAGGUGUCUCAGUUGUUCUUCCAGGAGCUGGUUUUCUUCAAGGACGGUAUGUUCAGCGAGAGAGACUUCCAUCAUCUGCGAGGCGGCUUCGCCAAGGCCUGCCCACACUCCCAUCUCAGACUGACCGGAGCAGCAGUCCAGGUAUCUUGUGAGAUGCGGAGUGGGAGACGCCACAGUCGGGCCGUCACCUCGGACCUUUCCUUCAGCAGACUGGAACUGUUGGAGUGCCUCUGGGAGGACGGAAAGCCUCAGUACUGCGAGUUGCUUCAGUUCCAGAAAGCUGGUCUGUUUACAGUUGGAGCUGCAGCCAGGCCAUGCGCCCAACUACACUACAGCCUCAGUGAGAGACGCCUGCGUAAGGGUAAACAGCGGGUGGUGCGUCGGGACAGUGUGGUGUGGGUGGAACUGGCUGAGCUGUGUGCUGAGCUGGACCUGGACAUCCUCAGCCGCCUGGGGAGCCUCAGCAGGGCCUUCAGCCACUGUCCCUCACAGACUGCUGGAUCAGGACUCAUACAGACCCAGAACAGUGAGCUUUACUCCUCCUUCACCCUCCUCUCCCCCCACGCCAUCCUCAAGCUUCGUUUCCCCAUACCCGACCUUCGGCCCCUCCCAAAGCGUCGACCGCCCACCCAGAGGGCAGUGCGGCAGGAGACCUUGGUGCUGGAGCUGACGGAGCUGGAACUAAAGCACCAGGAGGCUCCAGACCUGCAGAGUGAGCAGCCCGCCCCGGGACAGCCAUGGGCUCCCUGCCUCACCCAGCUGCUGGAGGCGUCCUUCACCGACCUGCACGGAUCAUAUGAGGGCUGGGAGGGUGGCUCUUUCCCCUGUAUCAGAGUGAAGAAGAACCGCGACUCUCUACCCAGGAUAUCUGUGCGUGUGCGUGGAGGUGAGGCUCAGGGCCCGGCAGCAGGUCUGAGCGGGAUGAACCUGGGCCUCAUGAGGGACCUGGGCGCCGCCUUCUUUGAAAGCCACUGUGAAUUCAACGACAAAACCAGCUCUCCUUUUUCCUCCAACCGCACCAUGUUUGAGACUGAGGAGAUGGUGAUUCCAGCCGACCCAGAGGAGAUGCGUCAGUUUCAGGAGCAGUGUGUCGCUCAGUGCCAGUGUGCUGUGGACAUCAGCCUGCCUCUGGCUUACAUCCUGCUGCCCAGCAAACAGGCCUUCCAGAGCAUCUACAACAGGAUCAAUAAUGACCUGUUGAUGUGGGAGCCGCCUCCCCCUCCUCCCCCCUCAGCCCACAGCCCCGACCACAGCCGCCAUCACCACGACGACUUCCAGCUCUGCAAGUCGGCCUUCAGACUGGACUCUGAUUCAGAAGAGGACGAGCCUCAUUUCUACUUGGCCAGCGAAUCGGAUGGAAGGACGCCGCAGUCAGCUCCUCGGCCCAACCACAACCUCAGCCUCCUUUCCCUCACUGUGAUUAUCGGGAAAGGUCGCCUCCAAGCCAGAACAGACAGGAAGGAGGACCAGAGUCAUGGGGAGAUUGUGCUUGACCUGGAAGGGGGGAAGAUAUUCAGUGUGGCACAGCAUCAGAAUGACCCCAACCUCAGUUUCCUGUGUCUGGAGAGCAGACGAGUGGAGCUCUACCAUCGAGCUGUGGUCAAAGACACCCCCAUUCCACAGCGGUUGGAGAUGCCUAGCUUCAUUGCUCCUAAGCACCUGGACCCUACCAUCUACCCCACAGAGGUGGGAGUGAGCAGUGUGAGCGGCAGGGAGGGGGAGCCUCAGAUGUUGUCCACAGCCAUCAAAAUCACGCUGGACCUUCAGAGAAAUGUCAAAGAGUUCCUCGUUGCUCUUCGACUUCAAGGUGCCACCAUGCGACAUUACAUGACGCAGACCAACCAAAGUUGGCACGAGCAGCUGGUUGAUUUCCUGGAUGUCAUUGAUGAUCCUAUUCUGGGAUACACAGCCCCGGCCGUCAUCACUGUCCUCCACACACACCUCGCUACCUGUGCUGUCGACUACAGACCUCUGUAUCUGCCCCUGCGAGUUUUGUUCACAGCAGAGUCUUUCUCUCUGUCCAGUAAUAUCAUUGUAGACACUGCCACCUUCCACCUCAGAUUCAUCCUGGAUGACUCUGCUCUCUACCUCUCUGACAAAUGUGAGACUGACACCGUGGACUUAAGGAGAGACUAUGUGUGCGUUCUGGACAUUGACCUGCUGGAGCUUGCCAUCACCACAUGGAAAGGCAGCGACACGGGGAAGCUGUCUCAGCCUCUCUUUGAGCUCCGUUGCUCCAACAACGUCGUCCACCUUCACACCUGUGCGGAUUCCUGCGCUGCCCUCGUCAAUCUGCUGCAGUAUCUGGUCUCCCAGGGCGACCUGCACCCACCACCACGCCAUGCCUCACCCACCGAAAUCGCUGGCCAGAAAUUACCACUGUCAGAAAGUCCUGCGUCGAUGCUGCCCUGUCCUCCAGCUGAAACCGCUGAGAUCAACCAGUACGACCUGGCUGAUGCCUUAAUAGACACAGAGAAGAGUCACAGAGAAGAGAGUUUAGAACCAGGUUCGCCCUCAGUGCCGAGAGGCUCGCCUGUCUCUGUCUACCUGUUUCCUGGUGAAGCCUCGAAGCACAGCCCCGCUGUCCUUCAGGGGGACGAUUCAGAGCUUGAUGGACUGGUUACCACGGCAACUGAGGCACAGGCAGAUAUGAUGUCAGACGAAGGCUCAGAAGGAUCCACGGACAAUGACGACUUCUGCAUCCUGGAGGCUCCCGGCAUGGGCAUUCCUCCCAGAGACGGGGAGCCUGUGGUGACGGUUCUGUCCCAGGUUCCCAUCAGGGUGAAGGACAGUCACUUUUCCAGACCUCGAGGCAGCUCAGACCUGCUCCGAGCUCCGAGUCGCUUCCCGGUUCCACAGAGCCGAGUGGUGCUGCGGGAGAUCUCUGUAGUCUGGCAUCUCUAUGGAGGAAAGGACUUCGGUGGUAAACCCAUGUCCAUACAUGCCCAGAACACAAACAGGGGUCGCUCAGUCCCGGCUGGCGUUCGCGGGUCUCCGUCUCGUUCUGUUGCUUCCUCUCGUCCUCAGAACUCGUGGCGCUGGGCUGGAGGCAGCGGCCGUCAGCACACACUGCUAAUGGAGAUUCAGCUCACCAAGGUGUCCUUCCAGCACGAGUCUUACCCGGUGGCAGUAGCGGGGCAGGAUGGGGAGGGCUCUGUGGCAGCUGGGGUUGGGGUCGGUCCCGGAGGCGAGCAGCCCCUCUCCAGGCAGGUGUUCAUCGUCCAGGAGCUGGAGGUUCGAGACCGACUGGCCUCUUCACAAAUCAACAAAUUCCUCUACCUCUACACCAGUGAGAGCAUGCCCCGCAGAGCCCACUCCAACAUGCUGACUGUGAAGGCCCUGCAGGUGUGUCCAGAGUCUGGUCUUGGUGGUCCAGAGUGUUGUCUUCGGGUCAGCCUGCUGCCACUACGACUGAACAUCGACCAGGAUGCAUUGUUUUUCCUGAAGGACUUUUUUAGUAAUCUAGCUUCCUCUGUUAACCCCUACCUGCCCGUGGACCCUGCAGCUGAAGUGAAGGCAGAUCCCUCCCAGAAGUCGUCUGAGGAGGUGGAGGUAGCGGCUGGUCUUGGACCUGACCUCACAGCAUCUGUGGAAACUACGUACAGCGAGCAGAGCUCCUCCUCUGCAGGCUCCUCCUCCUCCUCUGACCAGCCAAUCUACUUCCGAGAAUUUCGUUUCACUUCUGAAGUGCCUAUCUGGCUGGAUUAUCACGGCAAACAUGUCGUCAUUGAACAGGGGACAUUUGCAGGAAUCCUGAUCGGUCUGGCCCAGUUAAACUGUUCUGAGCUGAAGCUGAAGAGGCUCUGCUGCAGACACGGUCUCCUCGGUGUCGACAAAGUGAUUCAGUACGCCGUCACGGAGUGGCUGACGGACAUCAGGAAGAACCAGCUGCCAGGCAUUCUGGGAGGUGUUGGCCCCAUGCAUUCAGUUGUCCAGCUGUUCCAUGGAGUGAGGGAUCUGUUCUGGUUACCCAUCGAGCAGUACAGGAAGGACGGACGCAUUAUUCGAGGUCUCCAGAGGGGGGCGGCGUCCUUCGGCACCUCAACGGCUUCUGCUGCUCUGGAGCUCAGCAACAGGCUGGUUCAGGCCAUCCAGGCUACAGCAGAGACAGUGUACGACAUCUUGUCUCCAACGCCUCCCCUGAAUCGCUACGCCAUCACAGAGGGCCGAGCCCCCUCCAGCCGACCCCGCAGAGCCGCCCAGCCUGCAGACCUCCGAGAAGGAGUGGCCAAAGCCUACGACACCGUCAGAGAGGGAGUGAUUGACACGGCUCAGACCCUGUGCGAUGUAGCAUCCCGUGGCCACGAACAGAAGGGUCUCCCCGGUGCUGUGGGCGGCGUCCUGCGGCAGAUCCCGCCCACCGUAGUCCGACCCUUAAUCGUGGCCUCUGAAGCCACCUCCAACCUGCUGGGCGGCAUGCGGAACCAGAUCAAACCGGAUGCACGGAAAGAGGAUUUCCUCAAGUGGCGCACGGAGGACGCCCAAGAAUGAGGACGGAUUUUUGUGUCUGUGUGAGAGAAUGAGUGUGUCUGUGUGUGAUUUGGGAACGUCUAAGCAGUGGGAAUCCAGGGGCUGAAUGUGUAUUUGCAUGUGUGUGGACUAAUGAGAGUCUGAUGCAAAAACAAUGCUACGACUAACUACUACUGCAGUUACUGACACCCAGUGUUUUACGUGGCUCCAUUAUGCAUUAAUGUAACAGAUCUGAAUCUUCUGUUUCACAUUCAGCAAGAGCUCUCCUCAUAUUCGUCCCCUCAGUAACAGUCCGCAAGUUUUCCUUACCGUCUGUGCAAACAUAUCACUCUGAGCUGGGAGGUGGAUUGUGGGCACUUCAUGUAUUCUGAGCUGUGCUGCUUGAAACUGUUUGUAUUCUGCUUUAAAGAUGUGAUUUCUAGUAGAGGUUCUCUCUCCUCUCUGCAUGGAGAGGGGGGAUGAUUUUUAGGGGCAGCCUACGUGUGAGAUGUUUUGAUCCGUCAUGAAUUGUAGAAGACUGUUUGUAUUUUGAUUAGCCGUCACAAGCUGCAAACAAUUUCACCACAAAACAGAUAAAUGAAAACAUCCAGUCUCUUUCUGACAAAUUAAUGAGCUUUGUCUACUUGUGCUCGUAAUGAAAACAGGGAGGAUGUUGUAAUGAAGUGUCCUUUGUUGGCAGAUGGUUUUCAUCCUGACUUCACCAUACAUCGCUGUGUGAUUGGUUUAGCUUUGGCCCCACUAUGCACCUGCUGCCCUCAGUGCUGUCGUCUGUGCCAUAAACCUUGCAGAGUGCCCUCUUAACUAGCUUGUGAUGCCUUCCUCAGACCUGCACCUUCCGUAGUAAAAGCGUAACACAUACUGGCUUUUACUGAUACCUGACUGAAUAGGAGCGACGGAUCACAUGAAGCCUCUAAAUUCUGUAGCAGCGUAUUGGAUUCUGUUGAAGCUUCUCAACGUUAAUAGUUUUCCAAGCUGACGUCAGUUAGUGGUUCUCGUACCUGAAUUACGGCUCAUCUGUGCUUCGAGACCGGAUCAUUAGAUCUGAAUUAACCUAUUCUGUUUUCAGAACUGCUUUGCCCACAUCUUUAGUUGCCUUCCUGCAAUUUUGUAUGUUUCUCUUGUUUUUUUUUUUAUUUCAUUAAAGCAUAAGUAUUGUCAUACACAUUUUCAAACUAAGAAUUGGGAGGAUGUGAAUCUGGUGACAGCGGAGGAUGAAAACUUUGGAGUUUUGUGGUUUCAAAAAAUGUUUUACAUUUUUAUCUUUUUGUUUAAUAAGUGUAAGGGAUAUGUGUCCCUCUGUGUGUGUGAGUGUGUGUGAAUGAGUGUGUGUUUGUGAGCGAGCAUGAUGCAUGUCUGUGAAGGUGGCAGGUUGAUGCUUGUUACACCACUCGUGUGUAAUUACUAUUUACUAUAUCAAUAACUGUAUGAAUGACCUGUAUUAUACGAAGACAAGGAGUAUACAAAAUUAAUACAAAAAUAAAAAAUUUGAGUAUAAAAACUGAA